AGACAUAAAACCUGAAAAUUUAUUGUUGGAUGUAAAAGGAAAUUUAAAAAUUACAGAUUUUGGUGUAUCUGAUGUUUUUAGGACAUGCUGGGAAGAAGCAAUCCAUAAAUCUAAAGGUUUAUGUGGAUCUGAACCAUAUAUUGCUCCUGAACAAUUUGAAACCAAAGAAUAUGAUGCUCGUUUAGUAGAUGUAUGGGCAUGUGGAAUUGUAUAUUAUUGUAUGAUGUAUAAAGGUAUUCCAUUCAGAAUGGCAUCAUCAACAGAUCUGAAUUAUUUAAAUUAUUUGGAAGCAAAAAGUACUGGAUUGUAUGAACCAUUUGAAAGAUUACCACGUGGCUGUCGAGAUUUAAUGUAUCGUAUACUUGAACCAGAUGUUAAGAAGCGUGUAACUACUGAAGAUAUAAAAAAUGAUAAAGAAUG